GCUCGCGCGCUGAAACUGAUCCACACAUUGAUCUGUAGCCGUGUGUCACAGUGUCACUGUUUUACAGAGGAACGACAGAGACGCUCACAUUUAGUUUAGCCCCUCUACAGCCACCGGCAAUGAUAUUCUACAUUUUCAACUGAAACACGGACUAACUGCGACAAUGACGGUGGAUUUUGAGGAGUGUAUUAAAGAUUCACCCCGAUUCAGGGCGAACAUUGACGAAGUUGAGACCGAUGUUGUGGAAAUAGAAGCCAAGCUUGAUAAGUUGGUGAAGCUAUGCAGCGGUAUGAUCGAAGCGGGUCGCGUUUACGUCAGCGCCAACAAGCUCUUCGUCAACGGCAUACGGGACCUGUCUCACCACUGCAAGAAAGAGGAGAUGAUCUCUGAAUGUCUUGAGAAGUGUGGCGAGAGCCUUCAGGAAAUCGUCAACUAUCACAUGAUCCUGUUUGACCAGACCCAGAGGUCCGUAAAGCAACAGCUGCACAAUUUUGUGAAGGAGGAUGUUCGGAGGUUCAAAGACACCAAGAAGCAGUUUGAUAAGGUGCGUGAGGAUAUGGAGAUCGCUCAGGUGAAGAAUGCGCAGGCACCUCGAAACAAACCGCAUGAGGUGGAAGAGGCCUCAAGCACCCUCAUCAUGACCCGGAAGUGCUUCAGACACCUUGCUUUGGACUAUGUCUUACAGAUCAACGUUCUUCAGGCCAAAAAGAAAUUUGAAAUCCUAGAUUCAAUGUUGUCCUUCAUGCAGGCCCAGUACACUCUGUUUCAACAGGGAUUUAACCUCCUGGAGGAGAUCGAUCCGUACAUGAAGAAGCUGGCAGCUGAGUUGGAUCAGCUGGUCAUAGACUCGGCCAUGGAGAAGAGAGAGAUGGAGCACAAACACGCCACUAUUCAACAGAGGACUUUGAUGCAGGAUUUUGCUUACGAUGACACAAAAGUGGAAUUCAAUGUGGAUGCUCCUAAUGGUGUGGUGAUGGAGGGAUACCUGUUUAAGAGAGCGAGCAAUGCUUUCAAAACAUGGAACAGGCGAUGGUUUUCAAUACAGAACAGUCAACUUGUCUACCAGAAGAGACUAAAAGAUGUCUUGACUGUUGUUGUAGAAGACCUAAGGCUUUGCUCUGUGAAACCAUGUGAGGACAUUGAGAGAAGGUUCUGUUUCGAAGUCGUGUCUCCUACAAAGAGUUGUAUGCUGCAGGCCGAAUCAGAGAAACUCCGGCAAGCCUGGAUCCAGGCGGUUCAGGCCAGCAUCGCUUCUGCCUACAGAGAGAUUUCUGAAAAUUAUUAUAUAGAGCGUUUGGACAGGACGGCGUCUCCCUCCACGAGCAGUAUAGAUUCUGCCAGCGAGCCGCGGGAGCGUGUUGUCCGAGGAGACAGUAUUCUACAGCGGGUACAGUCUUUGCCUGGAAAUGAAGUCUGUUGUGACUGCGGCCAGGCCGACCCACGCUGGGCCAGCAUCAACCUGGGCAUUUUGCUCUGUAUUGAGUGCUCUGGCAUUCACAGGAGUUUAGGAGUGCACUGUUCUAAAGUUCGAUCUUUAACACUAGACACCUGGGAGCCAGAACUUAUGAAGCUAAUGUGUGAACUUGGCAACGCUGUAAUCAACCAGAUUUAUGAAGGCUCGUGUGAGGAACAAGGACUAAAGAAACCCAGUCACAACAGCUCAAGGCAAGAGAAAGAAACGUGGAUCAAAGCAAAGUACGUAGAGAGGAAGUAUCUGAAGAAGAUGUGCGGCUCAGAGGCGCUAGUGGAGGGAAGCCGAAAAUCACAUCACUGGCACGUGAAAAAGUGCAGGAGACACAACAGCUCCAUCAGAGCCCCUAAAACCCGCCGGAAAUACAGACAUGAUGCCACUGCUCUGUCUCCGGGAAAUCUUUCUGCUGCUGCCGCAGCUGCAAAGUUUCGGAGGGAAUCGUUGUUUUGUCCUGAUGAGCUGGAUUCACUCUUUUCUUAUUUUGACACAGGCUCUGGACCUCGCAGCCCCGCAGGUCUCAGCAGUGACAGCGGGUUGGGUGGCAGUACUGACGGAAGCACAGACAUCCUGGUGUUCGGCUCGGUGGUGGACAGCGUCACUGAGGAGGAAUGUGAGGACUCUGAUGAGUCCAGCGGGGAAGUGGACAUCGAGCAGGAAGCGUCUGAUACAGAGAAUGGGCGGGAGCUUGAGCCCAGCACGUUGCUCCAUAAGGCCUCAAGGGCUAGAAAUCUGCCAGUCAUGGCUGAGGCGCUCGCACACAACGCAGACGUCAACUCCGUCAAUGAAGAGGAAGAAAGCAAGAGCGCAUUAAUACAGGCGGUUACAGGGGGUUCUUUAAUAGCCUGUGAGUUCCUGUUGCAGAAUGGAGCAGAUGUCAAUCAAAGGGACAUGCGAGGACGUGGACCUCUGCACCAUGCCACAUGUCUGGGUCACACAGGACAGGUAUGUUUGUUCCUGAAGCGAGGAGCCUCUCAGAUGGAGAUAGAUGAAGACGGGCAGGACCCUCUCAGUAUCGCCGUGCAGGCAGCCAACGCAGAUAUAGUCACAUUGUUACGAUUAGCGAGGAUGAACGAGGAGAUGAGAGAAUCAGACGGACCCUUCGGACAGCCAGAACCCAGUAUACCUGCAACUCCAUCGAGGGUAAGGCGCAUGAAUUUACGUACGUCACCACGUGCGCUGGCAUCUUUUGGGAGUUUUCGCACAUGGCUUCACACUCCUCCAAAACAAUAACUGUUUGGACCAUCAUGCACCAUACAUUAAUGAGACCGACUGCUGCCCUAACAGGACACGAAGAGCGGUGCUGAAGAAAGUCUUCAGAAGAAUAUAGAAUAAUAUAUCAUCAUAUUUAAAGCAGAUAUGUGGAAUAGAGAUCUAUUUCAGUAACAUAAGUUGUUUUGUAUCAGAUUUAGUCUGACUCUGGGUGUAUUUCUUAAUAGUUUUAUGGCAUUUUAACGUUUUCAUUUUCUUUAAUAUUACAAUUUCAAGGAUUCAGAUAUUCAUGAAUUUAUUCUGGAUUUUUUCCAGGACUCAGAAUUGAUUUUAACUGUGCAAUAAAACUUGUAUUUUAAACAUU